UUUAGUGUCGUCAAUGGGAAGCACGCGGGACGGUGGCGAAGCGAGUUACGGUCUAGAUUGAAAUCCGCGGCUGCACCAUGCUCUUCAGGUCCAUCCCGUGUUUGUGGAUUACGUUUUGCCUUCGUUUAUGCUGCUAUGUAGACAGCGGGGAAGCACAGAAUGCGAAGGAAGUGAUUCUGCUGGACUCCAAGGCACAGCAGACAGAACUGGAGUGGAUCUCCUAUCCUCCCAAUGGGUGGGAAGAGAUCAGCGGCUUGGAUGAGAACUACACACCCAUUCGCACGUACCAGGUUUGUCAAGUCAUGGAGCCGAAUCAGAAUAACUGGCUUCGGACUAACUGGAUAGAAAAGGGCAAUGCCCAGAGAAUUUUUGUUGAAUUGAAGUUCACCUUGAGGGAUUGUAACAGCCUACCUGGUGUGGUGGGAACUUGCAAGGAGACGUUCAACUUGUAUUACCAGGAAACAGAUUCGGAGGUGGGCAGGAGCCUACGGGAGAACCAGUACGUGAAAAUUGACACGAUUGCAGCAGAUGAAAGCUUCACCCAGGGCGACCUGGGCGAGAGGAAGAUGAAGCUGAAUACAGAAGUGCGAAUCAUUGGCCCCCUGUCCAGACGUGGCUUCUACCUGGCCUUCCAGGAUGUAGGAGCGUGUAUCGCCCUGGUCUCUGUCAAAGUUUAUUACAAGAAGUGUUGGUCUAUCAUCGAGAACCUGGCCACGUUCCCAGACACCGUUACGGGAUCUGAGUUCUCCUCGCUGGUGGAGGUCGAGGGCAUGUGCGUGAGCGAUGCCGAGGAGGAGGCCGAAAACUCCCCAAAAAUGCACUGCAGCGCUGAAGGGGAAUGGCUGGUGCCCAUUGGGAAAUGUAUAUGCAAGGCUGGAUUUCAUCAGAAAGGAGACGCAUGUGAACCAUGCGGCCGUGGUUUCUACAAGUCUUCCUCCCAGGACCUUCAGUGCUCUCGUUGUCCUGCACACAGCUUCAACGACCGCGAGGGCUCCUGGCGCUGUGACUGUGAGGAUGGCUACUACCGGGCCCUCUCUGACCCUCCAUCUGUGGCCUGCACAAGACCUCCCUCAGCGCCGCAGAACCUGGUCUACAACAUCAACCAGACCACUGUCAGCCUGGAAUGGAACCCGCCAGCCGACACGGGUGGCCGCAACGAUGUCACCUACAGGGUUAUAUGCAGGCGUUGCAGCUGGGAACCUGAAGAGUGUGUUCCGUGUGGGCCCAAUGUGGGAUACUCCCCCGCACAGUCAGGAUUAGUGGACACUUAUGUGACGAUCCUGGACCUGCUCGCCCAUGCCAACUACACUUUCGAGGUGGAGGCUGUCAAUGGGGUGUCAGACCUGAGCCGCACACAGAGGCUGUUUGCCGCAGUUAGCAUCGCUACUGGUCAAGCAGCCCCGUCCCAGGUCAGCGAGGUCAUCAAGGAGAAGGUGCAGCAGCGCAGCAUCCAGCUGUCCUGGCAGGAGCCGCACCAGCCCAAUGGUGUCAUCACAGAAUACGAGAUCAAGUACUACGAAAAAGAUCAGAAGGACCGGAUCUACUCCACAGUGAGGUCCAAGUCCACAUCAGCCACAGUGAACAACCUGAAGCCCAGUACGGCUUAUGUGUUCCAGAUCAGGGCCUUCACAGAGGCAGGAUAUGGCACCUACGGCCCCAGAUUAGAGAUAACCACCAAAGAAGAGGCCACAGCUGCGAUCGUCUCCAGCGAGCAGAACCCCGUUAUCAUCAUCGCGGUGGUAGCCGUGGCGGGGACCAUCAUCCUGGUGUUCAUGGUGUUCGGCUUCAUCAUCGGGAGAAGGUACGCUCUCGCGGGCCCCAUUGACUCUCCGCUCCUGCACUGCGGGUACAGCAAAGCCGAUCAGGAGGGAGACGAGGAGCUCUACUUCCAGUUCAAAUUUCCAGGCACCAAAACCUACAUUGACCCUGAAACCUACGAGGACCCAAACAGGGCUGUCCAUCAAUUUGCCAAGGAGCUGGAUGCCUCUUGCAUUAAAAUUGAGCGGGUUAUUGGAGCAGGAGAGUUCGGAGAGGUGUGCAGUGGCCGGCUCAAGCUGCCUGGAAAACGGGAUGUGUCGGUUGCCAUCAAGACAUUAAAAGUGGGCUACACGGAGAAGCAGAGGCGGGACUUCCUGUGCGAGGCUAGCAUUAUGGGCCAGUUCGACCAUCCUAAUGUAGUUCAUCUGGAGGGAGUCGUGACAAGAGGAAAACCGGUGAUGAUUGUCAUCGAGUACAUGGAGAACGGCUCAUUAGACGGCUUCCUGAGGAAACAUGAUGGUCAGUUCACAGUCAUCCAGUUGGUGGGGAUGCUGCGGGGCAUCGCAGCAGGAAUGAGAUAUCUCUCUGAUAUGGGAUACGUCCAUCGAGAUCUGGCUGCACGAAACAUCCUUGUCAACAGCAAUCUUGUAUGUAAAGUGUCAGACUUCGGCCUGUCAAGGGUGAUAGACGACGAUCCCGAAGCUGUCUACACAACAACUGGUGGCAAAAUACCUGUCCGAUGGACCGCACCAGAAGCCAUACAGUAUCGUAAAUUCACCUCUGCAAGUGACGUAUGGAGUUAUGGCAUUGUCAUGUGGGAGGUCAUGUCCUAUGGGGAGCGACCCUACUGGGAUAUGUCCAAUCAAGAUGUCAUAAAGGCAAUAGAGGAGGGCUACCGUCUUCCAGCCCCAAUGGACUGCCCACCAGGCCUGCAUCAGCUAAUGCUGGACUGCUGGCAGAAAGACAGAGCCGAGCGUCCCAAGUUUGAUCAGAUUGUUGGCAUCCUUGAUAAGAUGAUCCGCAACCCUAACACCUUGAAAACCCCAGUGGGAACAUGUACAAGACCAAUUAGUCCACUGUUAGAUCAGAGCACACCAGACUUCACCGCUUUCUGCACAGUGGGAGAGUGGCUGGAAGCCAUCAAGAUGGAGCGAUACAGAGACAACUUCACAGCAGCUGGCUACAGUUCCCUGGAAUCUGUGGCCAGGAUGUCAAUCGAGGACGUGAUGAGCUUGGGGAUCACGCUGGUGGGCCAUCAGAAAAAGAUCAUGAGCAGCAUACAGACUAUGAGAGCCCAGAUGCUGCAUCUCCAUGGCACAGGUGUCCAGGUGUGAUGGACGGGCCGCAUCGAACAGAAACAGAACUUCUCUGGAGCAGUGCCUCGGACGUAGCUGGGAUAAUUGUCAAAGUAAAUGGACAUCUGUUAUGUCCGACUCCUCUGGCUGUGUCCAGAGUGAAAUCAUUCCUUUGUCCCUCAGUGAAGGAUUGUGGUCCCCCUCUUUAAUGGGCACUAAAGAGAGGAAAAGGGCAAAAAAAACAGCAACAAAAAAAGAAACUACCUGGACAAGACAACUUCCUUUUUUGUUUCUUUUUGUUUUUUUUAGAAGCGCUUACAAACUCAACCACAUAUCAAAUGGCGCGUAGGACAGGAUUUUGACUCUUGCGUUUCUUUAACUUAGUGAAUGAUUUCUGUGCACACCAUGGCUAAAGAUUUCCUUUAAAAAGAACAAAAACAACUUUGUCUACUUGCUGUGGUUUCACUUGUUCCUUUUUUUGUUAAUUUUCUUUCCGUCUGCCACAGUGGCUUGUUGUGGCCCCAGCAGAGGUUUUAGUUUUUUCUCUUCUAUUUGGACUUGACAACAGGGUAAACUCUUAUCCAAACACAGAGGGAACCUUUUAGCCGCAGAUUCAAAAGUACUUUUUGUGCUGACACAUGCUGGACUGUUUGAACUGUUUGCAGUGACUCAUGUUUUCCUUCAUGUGCUGUUGAAGUGAAAAUGGUAUCCUCACGUGCUUGUUUGCAGCCUACAGUAGUGGGCAUUUGAAGUGGUUUUAGAUAUUUUUUUUUUUUAUUAAGGAUUUUUCUGAAGAGUGCAACUCUGAGGUGAGUUGUUCUUGAAUCACCAGACUUUUAUAUCUGAGUAGCAAUAUCCUUUGUCUUGUGUUCACUACAGGAAACAAAACUGUUACUUGGUAAUUGAGUAGAGUGUUGACUGUUGAAAGAUUGUACUGAAAUUGAACCCACCGCAAAUUGUUUUGCCAUCAUUUGCCUAAAAUGUUGCACACACUGUCCAUUUUCAGCUGCAAAUACAAUUUUUAAGGGUGGAUCCAGGGAAGGUGUAGAUGUAAAACUGCCUUAAAAUGUGUUAGAUUAAGUAUUGCCGCUAUUUUAGGCACUUCAAUGGCAAUCCUUUAUGCGGUUCAUUUGAAGUGUGGACAAGCUCCCUCCCUGUGUUUUUUUUUUUUUGUUUGUUUUUCUCCUUGUGUGAUGUCUUUUUGUCUGGAACUUAAACUGGUAAAGUGCAUGGAUACAGUUUUAAUGCCACGAGUGACACAGUCAGCAAAGAAGAAGAAGAAGAAGUGGACUAAAUAGAGCAAUAAUUACCAGGUAGAAAUGGUCCUCACCUGAGAUUUCUAAGGUGCUAGGUUUAAUUGCAUGUGUGCUGUGCUGAGACAAAUACUUUGGAACGAUUCAGUCACCACCAGAAAAGGAAAGCAAUGUACUUCUUCUCCUCAUAAAAAAAAAUGGUAUGAAAAGUGCUCAGAAAACUGCUGUGCCAAGUCAUCAGAUGAAAUGCUCAUGUCGUGUUUUGCCACUAUAAUAUUCUACACAUUGGAUGGAAAUCUAAGGUGGCGUGGAGAUGUUGAAUCAAGUGGCUGAAGGGGUUAAAGAGGCCCCGAUUGAAAUGCUACAAAGGUGCCAAUUAGUCAUGCUGACAUCAUCUUCAGACACCAAGAAGUCAAAAAGCCUCUUCAGGGUUUGGGUCUGAGAGUGUAGGACCAAAUAUCAGAGCCUGAGUCAGAUCGUGCUAUUGAAUCCCACCAUCACCAGCUCUGUAGACAGCCAUGCAGUUCCCUCGUUUAUCCAUACAUCUCCGCCACUCAUCCCUCACAGGCAUAGAUGUGACGGAACAUGUAUUAAAGUGUCUCUUAAGAUUGCUCCUCUUUUCCUCCAUACAGCUUUGUAUGGAAUACAGCGGGUGGAGGCUUUGCAGAACAUGUGCUAAAAGCCAACCAACCUUUUCAGUGCCAUCUGUCUCCAUCCCAACUGCAAAAAAGAGAGAAAGUUUUAUUGUAGUAUUCUUAGGUGAGAAAAUGCAGUUUUUCAGCUGUCAUGUAAAGAGGAGUGGUGUUAGCCGAAGAAAACCAUCACAAAGUCUUCUUUUACUGCUGCUGCUGUAACCUGGGAGAUAAAUCUAUAUUUUCAAAGCUGCAGUCAUCUCUUUCAACUUUUUUCAUCUCAAAUACAUAGAAAAACCAUAACGGUGUCAGGAAUCGACCUUGAGCUCGCUGACGAGCAGGAAAACCAUUAGUGGCUUUCUUCAUUCAUUGUGUCUGCAUCCACAUUAAGCCAGAACAUGUCUUUUUCUCUCCAUGUUGGUUCUCUGUCCACACUAAGGCAUACUCCUGUCUUUGGUCACAAAACUUUAAAUUCAUAAAAACAGAAUAAUGAUGUGUGGUGCAACAAACACAUACUUUCAAAAUGUUCAAAAUGAUUCCAUUCACUUUCAUAGAAGACUGCAGAAAACUAAAUAUUGACGAGCUGCAAUCAGUUAAUUGUUUUGUUUUAACGAUUUAUAAAUGAUCACAAAAUCCAGGAGAGGUUUAACUGGUUGAGACUCAGCACUCUAACGAAGCUCUAUCUGUGCCACAGUUUAAUCAGGCACUGGCUGUGGCCUAGUUACCAGAAUAAAUGUCGACACAUACAAAAUAUGAACAUAUCAGUGGUUUGCAGAAACAGCAAGCAUUUUAUUCAUAAUGACUGGGAUGGAUAUGCACUUUUGCCAUUUGCUAACUGACUAAAGUUAGCUUGUAUUCCACUUAGCGGGGACAGGAGACAGAAGAUUUUGACAAAAUGACCUGAAAAGCUAAUGUGAAUGCAUGUUCAUUUUAGACAUCAACUGGAAUGACCCAGCAUAGUCUGGAUGUGAACUUCUAAUUUCAGUAUGGGACACGCCUUUUUUGAGGAGACACCAGGAAUUAGCCCCAACCAGCUCUGAACCCAUGUCACACACACCCUCCCUUUAUCCAUACAGCCAAGCUCAGCAGUUGGGCCUUUGCCAGACCUUUGAAUUGAGUACCGGCAUGAAGUCAUUUCGUCAGCACAAAACUCCCCAGUUCACAAGCAGCACUCUCUCUGAACCCCACUCCCUGCUCUGAUUUUAAAACCAGGCCCCUGGAGGCCCCUCACACCCCAGGGUUGAAUACCUCUGUCCCCUUUUUCCUGUGCUAGGGAAACAGCGGUUUGAGCCAAAUUGAGAUUAUGGCCAGGAUACAAUCGAUUCCGUGUCCAAAUCACCUGUAACCUUCCCCAUUAACAGUCAUUUUACUGUCUGGUUCAACUUGUUUCAUCCACAUUUUAAACUUCAGGUGGCUCGACUGACAAAAAACAAGUUUAUUUCAACAAAAACACAAAAAGAAUAAAAAAUGUUUGAAAAAGUGAAUAAAAAAGAAAGGGUGUAGAGUAUUUGGUUGGAAUCAGAACAGCAGAUAGAGAAUGAAGUUAUUUUUCAUAUCCUGUGGUUCAGCAGUUGGAAAUUAGUUUCACCACUGUGGCAGGUGGUGGAUAAUUCCAAAGAGCACAGCAUUGUUGAUUGUGUCAGAAAGAGCUGAGAUCUGAGGGAAUCUUUGUAUAUGUUAUAAUUGUAAAAUUGUACAUUUUAUUUAUAUUGUUUUUUACACAUAUUACUCAGUAGAGAGCUCUGAAUACAUUGAAAAUGCACUAUAUUUUUCUAUCUCACAGAUGAAUUAUUGUCACCCACAAGAUUUCAGUUGUACAUAAUUUUUCAUUUAGGACCAAAGACAGCUGAUAGGAUUUCCAUCUUUACUUUGAUGUUGCUUUGAUUUGCCUUUUAGUUUGUUGUACAGUGAUAAAAAUUGUCAGUUUAUUAUUUAUUUUUCUGUGACGAAAGUAUUGAGAAUAUUCACUGGUCAAAAGUAUUUUCCCCAGCAGCAGAACUGUAAGAUCAUUUAAUUAGACAAUUUCUUGUUACAUAGACAAUUCUUUUUGCUUUGUAACCUUUGUAAUAGACUGUACAUAUAUUUUUGGAAAUAUAAUACUAUCUCUAUAGAA